AUGGACCUCAAAGCGUGCAUAAAUUUGGCUAUUUGGUCAUUAUUUUUGAUUGAUUUGAUUUGAUUACAUUUUGAAAGUCCAUAUCGUCGAGGGAAAAAUAAUUAUAGAGACCAUUCCCAGUGUUUUACAACACAUUGUCAAUUGUAUUCAUCUCUUACCAUCGAAUUUUGCCAAAACCCCGGAUCCAGCUUUUUAGUGCUGAAUUAUUAGAAAGAAAAGUUGCAACUCGAUCCUGACGUGCCCAAAGGACCCACUGUGUUUCUUAGCGGCUUUAAGUGUAAAUUGACUUUUUCUUUUUUUUUAAAGUGUUGGUGUCCACUUAAUUUCCACCUUAUCAACAUGUUCAACAAGAGCUUCGCGGCUUUCACUCCAAUCUCAUUAAGAUGCCAUUAAAACGUGUACUCUGUUGAACUCGGCUCCAUAUGUAUGCAGAACGGGAUGUCUGAAUCACAGGAGACAGCCUCUCUGUCGUUCAGAGGAAACAGUAUGGGAUUAUUAAAAGAGAAAUUGGCAGGUUUUCCACUUCGAUGCCGGUGAGACAAACUUGAGGAAUAUUUGAAGAUGAAGAUCUACCAUAAACCCUGAAAUACUUUCAUCCGUGCAGAAGUGGCGUAUUUUGUGACUAGAUUAAAUCUAGUUACAGGUGAGAUGCCAUAAUCCACAUGAGACAGUAAAGUAUCAUGGACUCCUGGAUCUUCCCAUCAUCCCCUCCAAACCUGUCGGAGCACCUCAUGUAUGACAGCUUCGUGCAGGGCAAUGAGUCCGACCUCCGUGGGAACUACACAGACCACAGCUUCAACAAAACCAGCACGGUGGUCAUCACCUGCCUGUACUUUCUUGUUUGCACUGUGGGGCUCUGUGGAAACGCCCUUGUCAUCUAUGUCAUCCUGCGCUAUGCCAAGAUGAAGACAGUUACCAACAUCUACAUCCUCAACCUGGCAGUGGCAGAUGUGCUCUUCAUGCUGGGCCUGCCAUUCAUCGCCAUCCAGCUGGCGCUAGUCCAUUGGCCAUUCGGUCCUGUGCUCUGCAGGGUGGUGAUGACCGUCGACUCCCUGAACCAGUUCACAUCCAUCUUCUGCCUGAUGGUCAUGAGUAUCGACCGCUACCUGGCUGUGGUGCAUCCCAUUAAGUCCACAAAGUGGCGCAAGCCACGCAUGGCCAAGACUAUAAACAUAGCAGUGUGGGGGGUGUCGCUGAUGGUUAACCUGCCCAUCGUUAUCUACAGCGGCCUCAUCACGAAGCACGACGGGUGUUUCUGCACCAUUGUGUGGCCUGAGCCUCAAGAGGCCUACUACACAGCGUUCAUGUUCUACACCUUCAUCCUUGGCUUCUUCCUGCCGCUCAUGGUCAUCUGCCUUUGCUACUUGUUCAUCAUCAUUAAGGUGAAGUCCUCAGGCAUCCGUGUGGGCUCGUCCAAGAGGAAGCGCUCAGAGAGGAAGGUGACUCGGAUGGUGUCCAUUGUGGUGGCAGUGUUUGUCUUCUGCUGGCUACCUUUCUAUGUUUUCAACGUCACCUCGGUGACGGGUUCCAUCAGCACCACUCCCAUCCUGAGGAGCACCUUUGCUUUUGUGGUCGUUCUAGGAUACGCCAACAGCUGCGCCAACCCCAUCCUCUACGCCUUCCUGUCAGAGAACUUCAAGAAGAGUUUCCAGAAUGUUCUAUGUCUUAAGAAGGUGGGUGGCCUGGAUGAGGUUGAGCGUAGCGACAGCCGACAGGAUAAGUCUCGCAUGAUGAAUGACCCCACAGAAACCCAAAGUACUCUGCUGAAUGGCGACCUGCAGACCAGCAUCUGAGAGGAUGUUGAUGGUACUCACUCAUACGGACAGCCAUCUCUCUCAAAACUAAUA